AUGAGUAACGACGCUAGGAGCAUACAAACCGUUAUGUCUGAUGAGAAAUCAGAUAAGGAAUCUAUUCAUACUAUAGACUCAGUACAGAGCAAAAAAAUGCUAAGAAACAAGUUCAAGAUCAAAAACAUUUUUGAAAAGAUUGAAGAUAGACCAACUCCACCACAAGUUUAUAACUAUAGAGUUUAUUUGACUGCAGUCAUGGCAUCAGCCGCUGCUAUUAUCAUUGGUUACGAUAGUGGUUUUAUUGGUGGUACAGUUGCAUUGGACUCAUUUAGAAAGGAAUUUGGUUUGGACGUUGCCCCUAAUGAGGCUUACAUCACGUCCAAUGUUAUUUCGGUGUUUCAUGUUGGUUGUUUCUUUGGUGCUUUGUUUUCAUAUCCUGGUUCGUACUACUUUGGAAGAAGGAUCCCCUUGAUUGCUGCUGCUUUGUUGAUUACUGUUGGCUCUGGUAUCAUGCUUGCUGCAAAGGAUUCUGUUGGACUUGGGCCUAUAUAUGCUGGAAGAGUCUUGGCCGGAUUAUCUGUUGGUUGCUCAACCAACUUGACGGUGGUGUACAUUUCUGAAAUAUCACCGCCGGCAAUCAGAGGUCAAUUGACAGCAAGUUAUGAGAUUGGAUGGAGAGUUGGAGAUCUAGUUGGAUUUUGGAUUAACUACGCAGUGGAUAGUAAUAUCCCACUGGGCAGAAAGCAAUGGAUGAUUCCUUUUGCUAUUCAAUUGAUUCCAAGUGGAUUGUUCUUGCUCGGAAGUAUCUUUAUGAAAGAAAGUCCAAGAUGGUUGAUGCAAGUUGGUAGAUACGAAGAAGCAAUCAAGAAUCUUACGUGGUUUAGACGAUUGCCAGAAACUGACGAGUAUAUCAUCUACGAAAUCAACCAGUGUAAGGAAAGCAUUGAAGAACAGAAAAACAAGGUUGGUUUGGGUAUAAUGGAUCCUUUUUACGAAGUUUUCUUCCACAACAAAAACUUGUUGCAUCGUUUAUUCAUCACAGUCAUGUUGUUCCAAUUCUGUAAUUUCAUGGGCAUCCAAGCUAUCAACUACUACUCACCAAAGUUGUUCAGUGGAUUGGGUGUCAAAGGUGUCAAUGCUUCCUUGUUCUCCACUGGUAUGUUUGGUGUUGUCAAAUUCUUUUGCACAUUUUUCUACAUCUUGGUGCUUGUGGAUACAGUUGGUAGAAGACUUUCGUUUAUGGUAUCAUCAGGGUUGUGCUCCUUAUGUUUUUGGUACAUUGGCGCAUACUUGAAAAUUAACGAUCCCACCAAACCAGGAGUCCUGGCUGGCCCAGGAGGUAAGGCUGCUAUUGGAAUGAUGUACAUCUGGAUUGCAUCGUUCAUUUCUGCAUGGUCUGGUGGUCCAUUUGUUGUUGGUAGUGAGGUCUUUGAUCAAAACAUUAGAUCGUUUGUUCAAGCAAUCAAUGCUGCUUCAUCUUGGGUAGCCAUUUUUGUCAUGUCUAGAUGGACUCAACAAAUGAUCAAGAGUAUGUCAUAUGGAAUCUACUUCUUCUUUGCCGCAUUGGCUUUAGCAUCCAUUCCAUUUGUUUAUUUCCUUUUGCCAGAGACAAAGGGUAUUGCUUUGGAAGAUAUGGAUAAAUUGUUCAACAGAAAUAUUCCAGCUAGAAAAGCUCACAAGAUUGUAUUGAACAGUGUCAAGAAUGAGAACGAAGAGAUCUUCCUUGAGAACCACGAACAUGGAUUGUUCAAAAUGGACACUAAUAAACCAGAGACGGAGAAUGUGGAAAAUCUUUUCGAACGACAAGAAAGGGUUUAA